CGGAAGCGUCCUGUCCAUUUUGUGGAAACUAGACUAGCUGCGCUUUAUUAGUCACCUUUCAGCAUGUGAAAGAUGUAACCAGUUUCCUUGGCACAUUAUCAAGAAGCUGCCAAGAUGACAACCAUUGUCCAUGACACCACAGAAGCUGUGCAGCUUUGUAAAGAAUACAACCUCUACCUGAAGCCCAUUGCCAGGAUGACAAUCAGUGUAGCUCUGCCUCAGCUUAAGAUGCCUGGCAAGUCUAUCUCCAACUGGGAGGUGAUGGAGAGAUUGAAGAACAUGGUCCAGCCUGACCAGUUCUCCUCCCUGCGCAUCUCCAAGAGCACUAUGGAUUUUAUCCGCUUUGAGGGCGAGGUGGAGAACAAGAGUGCCGUCAGGAGCUUCCUGGCCAAGCUAGAUGGAAAAAGCAUCAAGCUAAGCGGCUUCACAGACAUCCUGAAAGUUCGCGCGGCCGAAAACAAGGUAGAUUUCCCCACCCGCCACGACUGGGAUUCCUUCUUCAGGGACGCCAAGGACAUGAACGAGACCGUUCCGGGAGAACGACCCGACACCAUCCACCUUGAGGGGCUUCCCUGCAAGUGGUUCGCCCAGAAGGACAGCCCUUCCGACAGGCCUUCAGAAGCCGUCCUCAGGGCUGUGUUUGAGGGCUUCGGUAAGAUCCGCAACGUGGACAUUCCUAUGCUGGACCCGUACAGAGAGGAGAUGACGGGCAAGAACUUCAACACGUUCUCGUUUGGUGGACACCUGAACUUUGAAGGCUACAUACAGUACGAGGAGCACACAGGUUUUGUGAAGGCCAUGGACAUCUUGAGAGGGAUGAAGCUCAUGCUCAAAGGAGAGGAUGGCAAAGCAGUGGCGUGUGGUAUCAAGGUGACCUUUGACACAACCAAGCACCUGAGUGACUCAUCACUGAAGAAGCGCCAACAGGAGCGUGCAAAGCUCCAAGAACUGGAGAGGCGGAGAGAAGAACAGAAACGCAGAGAGAAAGAAGAAGAAGAGAGGCGCAAGGAGGAGGAGCGGUACUGUUCUCUUCAUAACACCACACCCCUGGGGCCUUUCGGGCUACCUGAAAGUACGAGGCUCAAGGCGUUGUCUUUGGCCGAAGGGUUCGGGAGUUCUUGUUUUUACGACUCUUUUUGCAGGAAGCAGCGCGAACUGGAAGAGGAAGAGAAGGAGAAACGCAGGGAGGAGAGGCUGAGGAGACGCGAGGAGAGGCUGAGGGAGCGAGAAGAAAAAAGGAACCAGAAGAAGGCAAAGAAGCAGCAGGAGGAGGAGCAGAAAAGACUGCAUCUGAAGAUCGCCACGGAGGAGCGGAAGCUGCUCCUGGCACAGAGGAACCUCGAGUCCAUCCGCUUGAUUGCUGAGCUGCUGAGCAGAGCCAAGGCCCUGAAACAGCAACAGCUAGAACAGGAGAAGGCGGAGCUUGCCCGAAAGCAGAAGGCGGAGCUAGCACGCUUGCAGCAAGUGGAGGAGCGGCGGCGGCAGCAGGAGGCAGAGCUGCAUCGCGUGGAGCAAGAAAAGGCCCGAGCUCUGGAGCUGCAGAGGAAAGAGCGUGAGCUUAGAGACCGUCUGCUGGGGAACCUGCUCAAGAAGAGCACUACUGCUGACUGCCAGCAGGGGGAGCAGCUUGACUUCCCUGCAGAAGCAGCAGAGAGCGAGCUUGACCUCCAGGCCUGUGAAGUGCGAACGCAGCUGAACGGUGUGACCUGCCGGUCGGAAGAAACCAAGCCUGUCGCUGCGUGCUCUGUCACAAAGGGGCGGCAGGAGAACAAAGCAAGGAAGCAGGAGAAACCUCCAGGAGAUGAGCAGAGAGGUUUGAAAGAAAGGAGACGCAGUCCAGAAUCUUCCGGCAGUAGGCGUGGGCGGAGCGCCCACGCGCACAAUCGCAGCAGGGAGCGGAGUCAUGGGCACAGGAGUAGCAGCAGAAAGCCCAGUUAUGGGCGGAGUCGGAGUGGUCGGAGGCGGAGUGGUGACGGGCGUCAUGGCCGUGGGUGGAGCCCCAGCGGGUACAGGAGGAGCCGUGAGAGAAGCCACAGCUACGGGAGGCGGGGCCGAGGAAGCCGCGCGUGUAGUCAUGGUCGGAGCAGCAGGUGUAGUCAUGGUCGGAGCAGCAGCUCUAAUACUGGGAGCAGUAGGAGCGGGAGCAUGAGCCGCUCCUCUAGCCGAGGGCGUCGGCGACGGUCCUUCAGCCGGCAGAAGGAGCGCUCCAGACACCACUGAAAACGUGAGGCUGUUUAGAAGAUCCUUAGAGAGAGACAACAGGAGUUCCACUAAACACUUGAAUUAAAUCUCUGAUGAGCAGAUGUUUUGCGCAUGGUAUGAAAUCAUACUGUGAGAAUGCACGACUGUGUACGCCUGACUGGUGCACAUCUGCGUAGAAUUCAGUGCUGCUUAAAAUGACAGAGGCUUACUGGAAGCUCUGUCAAUAAAUUAAGUCAGGAUUUCAUUUUCCACAGGUGCUCUCCAAUCGGUCCAAGGUCCUGAAUUUGACAAACCAUUAGCAACAUCUUUUAUCCAACAAACACAAACAGUAUCUUUGUUUUUUCUUGUGGACAUGUGGUUCAGGCUGGCUCCAUUUACAACAACACGCUGAACUCCACCCAACAGCAACAUGGUGAAUGUUGCAUUGUAUUCCACUUGUUUUUAAGCUUGGUGUUGCUUGAGGUCACUGGGAACCUGGGAUUUGUAUCUCGCCAGCACGGCCCGCAGCCAAGCCUGUGUUUUUUGCUUUUGUUUGUCUGUUUGUUUUUCCACGUUCCUUUCCCAUUGCAUAGUAGUGUGCAUUUAUAGUUAGCUGCAAAGUCAGAAAUAUUUGAGACUUUGCCCAAUAUCUUUUUUUUUUUUCCUUAGUGUUUUUCUUUCUUCAUAUAGGUAACUGUUAAGUGUAGAAAAGAUCAGAAUGAGCGGACGGAAAGGAUGGCCCUCUCGAGCGUGUCUGAGGUGCACUGGUCAUCGUGCUUCUUGAGAUUGCCAUCUCUACGUAAUUGAGUUGCUGCCUUUUGAGUUACAAUUGGAUGAAAACGACAUCUGUUAAUUUCAUGCACUUCGUAAGAAUCUGUUUUAUGUUAAAGUGUAUCUUUUAAAGGGUAUCUUUUGCCAUUGAUUUUUAAGGAUGCACCUGUUUGGAAAGCUUUUUUUUUUUUUAAUUUUUUUUUUUUUUUUUAAGUGAACCAAUAUAUGAAUAUUUGCAUGCGAUUUGGUCCCUAAUUGCCAUUCUACUACACUGAAGGCUUUUACUUUACAUCAGAUUGGUAUAACAGUUCUUCUUAAUAAUAAUGUAUUAGAUGUUUAAUUUGUUAAGUUUUAUUUAGUUUUCUAUCCAGUAGUGACCCUCAUUAGGAAGGUUCAGACUCCAAUGUUUAAAGAAAUGGGAAAAAAAAAAGCAUUGGAAAAAAAAAAUUUAGUUUUGUAGCUGUUUCUUGCGCUCAGUUCAGUGUUUGAGUUGCACACAGAGGAAAUGGAGGA